GAUGGCAGAACAGCAUGGAGCGCCGGAGCAGGCUGCAACUGGCAAGAGCCAUGGAGGCCUUGGGGGCACCUACAAGGUACAGAGCAGGGAGGGGUUCCAGGGUCUGUGGGCCUGGGGCUGCUCUCGGGCCUCGGGAUCAGCUUCCCCGCCAGGCAGAAAGGAGCAGCGGCCCUUCCAGCCAUCGGGGGCCAGGGAGACACCUCGCUCACCACGAUCAUGCUGCAUCUUCUCUCUUCUGUGUCCUCAUCUGCAGAAGGGAACUGGUCGCACAAACGCAACCUGACUCAGUGGGGCACAGAGGCCCGGCGGGGGCGGGGGUCUCAGGAGACAUGGUGCUGACUCUCCUGCCUGACCUCAGUCCAGUUCCCCAGAUUCUCUGGGCCUCAAUAGCCCCAUCUGGAAAAUGGGAGCAAUGCUCCUUGUCUCAGCCCCCAGAGCUGGUGCCAAGGAGAAUUCCAACGGCUGGAAUUUAUUGGCUCUUCGCUCUCUGAGCUAUCCCUGGGGGCUUUAAUCUGAGAUGGGGUCUGAGAAGCAGAGGCCUGCCUGGCCCUGGGCCUGAUUGGUGGGAGCACACAGCUGGUCUAGGGACUUCUAGAGGCCUUUGCAAAGCCCCAGAGGCAGAUGUCCACCAUGAAGGUGGGUGCCUCUGCCAGGCCUUCCUGGCUCCUCUGGCAUCUGUGGGCCAUGCCCUGUCCACCAGGAUGGGGGAGGAAAGAGCCAGCCCACUUCUUGAAUCCUGGUGCCUCUACCUAAUUUGCUGUGCAGCCCGGGACAAAUGACUUACCCUUUCUGAGCCUUCUAUAAAAUGACCAGAACAGAUGUACCCCAGGGACCUUCUCCAAAGACAGUUUGUGGUUCUAGGUGGAUAAGAGAGGCGAAGCCUUCCUCCUCUUUUGCAGCCUCUUUCUCUCUGGGCGUGGGACAGGUGAAGGGCAACCCAGAGGUUGCCAACGGGUGUUUUCCUUUGUUAGGCACAGGGAAAUUUUGCAUUCAGGGAAAUACAGCUUUCUGGCCUCUCUUGAAAAGUUUAAAAUGGGGUGCACAUUCCCUCCUGGCCAUAAGCGGCUUCAUUUCCUUCCCUAGGUCACUUCGCUCUCUUAGAUUACGGCCUGCCAGAUAACUGGUUGCAAUCCGUGGUUUAAUUGGAGGUUCUGGGGGGCGUUCCCCUCCAUGGCCACGAGGGGGCAGCGCAAGCCUGUGGCCGAUGCUGGCUCGAGACGUGUCCAAGGCAGAGGGGAUGGAGCCCAGGGGAUGGUACCUCCCUGCCCUGCCCCAAGGGAGACUGUGCAGGCCAGGGUCUGGGGCUGGAAGGGGGAGCCCGACCCCCAUGGGAUGCUCAGGAUGCUGCCCUUUCAGGUGAUCGUGUAUGAAAUGGAGAACUUCCAGGGCAAGCGGUGCGAGCUCUCGGCCGAGUGCCCCAGCCUGACAGAGAGCCUGCUGGAGAAGGUGGGCUCCAUCCAGGUGGAGUCUGGGCCGUGGCUGGCGUUCGAGCGCAGAGCCUUCCGUGGGGAGCAGUUUGUCCUGGAGAAGGGGGACUACCCUCGCUGGGACGCCUGGUCCAACAGCCACCACAGUGACAGCCUCCUGUCCCUCCGGCCUCUGCACAUCGAUGGCCCAGAUCACAAGCUGCACCUGUUCGAGAACCCAGCCUUCAGCGGCCGCAAGAUGGAAAUAGUGGAUGAUGACGUGCCCAGCCUCUGGGCUCAUGGCUUCCAGGACCGCGUGGCGAGCAUCCGGGCCAUCAACGGGACUCAUUCAUAGACCCAGGCUGGCAGAGGCUUCACCCUCUUGCAACGAUGCAUCUCAGCGAAUGGAAGAGAAAGGGCUGGAAAGUCUGCAACAAAAUGACAAGACUUCUGAGACAUCUCAGAAUCCACUGGCCAGAAUGAAUCACAUGACCCCACGUCAUUUCAAGAAGACCCAGUGGCAACCUGCUCAUGCAUACAUACACCCUAUUGGCUGCCUUCCCUUCCCUGCUGAUUCUUCCUGGGGUCACUUCUCAAAUAAACUACCUGCCCUUGAA